AUGGCACAAACAGAGCACGAUGGCGACCAGGCGCCUCUUAUCAACGACAACCCACUGCUACAAUCUUACUACUACUCUUUAGAGUCGCGCGUAGGGUACAGAUUUGUCCUUGGGGGUACCCGCCAUUUUGGGUACUGGGACAAUGACAGAUAUUGGCCGUUCCCCAUUUCCAAGGCCUUGCGCGCAAUGGAGGACAAGCUGGCCGAAGUGCUCGCCCUUCCGGCAGGCGCACAAGUGCUUGACGCUGGCUGCGGAGUCGGCCACGUCGCUCUGCGCCUAGCGAAGAAAUUCAAGCUUCGCAUAUCUGGUAUCGAUGUCAUUGACCAUCACAUUGUCAAGGCCCGGAGGAACAUCGCGAGCUCAGGCGUGCCAGCUGGGCAAGUCACAGUACGGAAAAUGGACUACCAUCACCUGGAAUCUUUCAAAGACGAGUCCUUUGAUGGUGCUUAUACUAUGGAGACCUUCGUACACGCCACAGACCCCGAAGCAGUCCUCGCAGGGCUUUAUCGCAUCCUCCGACCAGGUGGCCGCGUCGCGCUUUUCGAGUACGACCACAACUUGCUGGAAAACGAGCCAGAAGACAUGGCAAAAUCAAUGCGACAGAUCAAUCACUACGCGGCGAUGCCGACGAAUGACAUUUCCGACGUUGGCGUUUUCAAGCGAAUGCUAGAGGAUGCAGGCUUUGAAGACGUUGUUGUGCGUGACUUCUCUGACAACAUUCGCCCUAUGACUAGGGCUUUCUUCCUCUUGGCCGUCAUUCCUUACUACAUCAUCAAGCUGUUGCAUUUGGAGCGCUUCUUUAUCAACACGAUCGCUGGAGUUAACACAUACCUAGGCCACGGGCGAUGGCGGUAUGUUGCUAUCACGGCUACCAAGCCAGGUUCAACGAUUGAAGCUCCCAAAUCGAAGUAG